CUUCCCACUUUCUGUCUCUCUAUUUUGAAUCCUACAUAAUCAAUCAUCCCUCGGUUCGGAUUGCUACAUUUAUUUUGCCUGGGGGAGGGGGGUUAUUGUUUUAUUUUCUCUCCCUUUCUUUCUUGCUUGUUUUUCAGUCUUCUCUUUUUUUCUUCUAUCCCCUCCUUGACAAUCUGAUAUUUUUUUUCCGGCUUUUCCCUGACUUGCUUCCUUGCCGGUGUCUAGCACCAGUGACAAGGUGGUGGUCAUGACUUCUACGGUCCAAGUGGAUGGGAAUGAGGAUGUGAACGAAUUCCUUCAGCGUAUUCGCGAACUAGGCGAGAAACACGACAACAAGGAUGAUGAACGCACCAAGAAAUUGGAAGAGGAGAUUCUACAGGGUCGCAAAGAGAGACAGGCCCGGAGAGCUGAGCGAGCCCGCUCGAUAUCGCCAACCAAAGAUUCCUCUCCUCUCCUAGAUCCCGCUCGACUAAGCAUUUCGUCGUUGAGUCACCGGGCCCUUGACCCUCCAGAACAGCUCGCGCCAUCACCCCAAACGCCAAUCCACCACGACAUUCACAACAAGCAAAUUUUAGCUCGGGAUGAAGCUCAUGCAUCUGCGGAAGGUAGCCCAGCGGGGUCGAGGUUAGAUGGACCCGAGCCGGAGAUGUUCCCGAAAGUUCCUUCACCCUUGUUACGGAGCAGAGCUGGAACUUUGUCUUGGCAGCAACGACCGUCAUCUCGAGACCGUACUGCCAAUCGUCCCUUUCUUCCGGGUUCUCCUUCACGCGAUGGCCGCUUCAGGGCGAUGUCGGCUGCUUCAAAUGAUGAACAUGCAGUGAUGCGCAGUCCGCUUGCUUCAUUGCCUCCGUCAAGAGAACCGUCCUUCCUGGGCGAAACAGAGGGAGAUGCUAGUCGCUUGCAAAAGACGAGCGUGGAGGAGGAUUCGAAACACGUGCCUACUAAUAAUGUUCCGCUUAUAGGGACCGGAAACGAAGUAGUACCCUCUGCAGAAUUGGAAAACGAAAACGAACAUCAAGAUGCCACUGAAGAACAAUCCCGCUCUCCAUCGAGAGCUAGCUCGACAUGUGCGGACGGUAGCUUGGGAAACCGAUACUCAAGCAUCUCUUCUGUUUCUACACCCACGGGUCUUGGUUCCCCAAUACCUUUGUCUAACACCCAAAAAUUUGAGCCUCCAAAACUCGACGACGGCUCUGACGGCCAGGUCUCGUUACCUCCGUCUCCACGACGACUUUCCCCAGAGCGUUCCACGUCACCGACAAAAGGUCUUGGCGGGUUUGUCCAAAGUGCGAUGAUGAAACGUUCGGACAGCAUAUCUAAGCGAUGGAGCGCUCAACUACCGUCAGGUCUUAGCCGGGGUAGUCCAUUUGCCAGCAACCGUAACAGCUUUGCUGCACCAUCCCAUAGCGAGAUCCCCUCCAUGUCGUCAAUCUCUAGGCUCAGCCGCGAAGGCUCCGCCUUGUCACUUCACAGACCCAAUUCUAGUCAUAGUGAAGCCACAAUCGUCCAUCCAGCGAAGGAUGAGGAUCGUCCGGCUACUCCUACGGGCCAGGGAAGCAGUGAAAACACUGGUAGACCGUCCCUAAAUCUUCAUGAGCGAUCUGCGAGUACUGCAAGCGUGGAUCAACCCAAGGAUUCCACAUCGGUGCCCUCAACUCCUCCUGUCUCAAGAACCAUGGACCCGAGGAGGUGGAGUCCCACUAAAUCUACCUGGCUGGAGAGUGCAUUAAAUCGCCCGGAAUCCCCAAGGCAUAAAAGGAAUCCUUCGCAACAAACAUCGUGGGCCAAGGAUAGACAAUCUAGAGGUAGUGUGGAUUUGGGUCGCCGAAGCAGUUUCAAAGAAGUUACCCCUGUGGGCCUUCUACGAACGGCACUUCCCGGGAGCCAUGGCAGCAAGUCAAGCAUUUCGGGAAUACCCGAUGUGUUCAGCCCCCAGGAUGCUGAACAGCCCCAAGAGGACUCCCCGACAGAGCCGAAGACUGCCCCCAAGAAGAUUGACCCGCCACUAGAGGAUGUUAUCCCGGAAAUUCCCCCUCCCACAGCGGAAACAACGGUGGAACUUGUCGAAGAUGACACAGCACGAGAAGAUCCCCCGACUUCUUCAUCGCCGGCAACCAAGUUAACUCCUAUCGAUGUACCCCUUGCAUCUUCUCGUGAACCAAUCCGUGAUCCUCUCCUCGAUCGACCUAAACCUCAAUCGCCUGUCAUUGAUUUUCGAUCAAACCUAAGGAAGCGGGAAAUUGUAAAGGACCAGUCGACUAAAGAAGAGCCUGAAUUCAAAAACGUCUUUGGAAAAUUGAAAAAAACCGAAACGGCAACUUAUGUUGCGCCGGAUGCGCUUAAAGAAAACAUCCUUAGGGGCAAGGCAUCGCUUAAUGCAACCGGGGGUCCAAAAAGGUCGCAAAGGACCGACGAGCUCAAAGAGAGUAUUCUUAAACAGAGGGAAUCUAUGAAAACCGGUGGGGCCUCGCCGCGGCGCAAUACAGCUGGGGAGAGUGACGCACCUCCCCAGAUAGUCCCAGAAGCUAUUGCAAAGCGGAAUAACCUGACCAAGUCCAGCAGUGUUAAAACCAAUUCCUCACCUGAUGUGACCCAGUUGCCUUCCCCUGGUGAGAUCAGCACACCGGACAGCCCACACAGUAGCCUCAUUUCUUCCUUUGAUGACGAGCACACCGAGGCCUCCCCGCCUACGCAAAACCAUCCUGAGAUGCAAACCUUCAAUACAGAUGACGAUCAAGGGAAGGAUUUUGAUUUUGAAUUACCCAGUGAUGGGGCUAAUAAGAAUGAACCUGAUCCCAUGAGCAUGGAAGAUCAGUCGAGAGAGCUUGAGCUGAAUAAAAUGGAAGACGAAUCCACACAAAAGGCCAUUGAACCGGUGCGUGUUUUGCUAUCGGGGGAUGUCGCGCAGGCUGUAACUAUGCCAGCUCUAAAGCAAGGUCACGUUACUAAACGUAGCCUCGCAGGCCGAAUAAACCCUGCUUUAGCGAAUAUCAUAUCUCGAGGCCCACCGGCUCCGGUGAAUGGACCCAAGACACAGGUUCCUGAAGUCAGUUCCGGGGGUGAUACUUUAACCUCGCAAAGUUCCUCGUCGACUCCUGCCCUAUCUCACAUGACGAAAGCCCGUGCAAGAGGACCGAAAAGGCGUCCCCCCAAGGUUGCUACUUCGAUAGUUGAGAAACCGAGCUCAAAAAAUGAAACGAUCCCUCUGAAAACGCCACCGUGUUCCCUCGAGGCCGAUACCUCGGUAACUAGCUUCUCGCCGAUUGACCCUCCGAAAACAUCAGGCGCUUGGCCCCUCCCUGAUACAUAUAUCGACUCACAGGCUACCUCAGAACCCGCCCCCCCGGCUAGCAGGAAACCCACCGUGUUCAAUAAGAGCUUACCGCAACUACCUAGAGAAGUCCCGAGUCCCGGUUUGGUCCCUUCUACGCCACUAGACAAUCCUGCGCAAACACUGAGAAAGAAAACAUAUGAGGAUGAGAAUAGAUGGGAGCCUCCAGCCAAGCUCGCCUUCACUCCCUCACGAUCGACAACAUCGCCAUCUAGCCCUCUUGGUGGCCAACCACGAAGCCCAAUCGUUCACUACUCUUCCCCAUCUCCUUCUCCACUCAGGACCAACCUUAAAGAAAACCAGACCCGCCUUUCCCCGAAGGUGACCGGUGUGAGUAGCCUUCUUACUGGGUCCAGGGAAUCGUCACCUUUCCGAAAAUCCUUGCCUUUGCCUCCCGUGCCUCCCAAAGGGCCGAGCUCCAGCGCUGAUCAAUUGUCAUCGCCCAGAUCAUCGGCCUCGCUGGUGCCCCAGGCUGACGAGUCCCUAGAAGCUAUUUCCAGGUUCUUUACGACAUUCCCAAGCUCGAGUGAUCGCGUCAAUAUCGACCCACAGUUAAUGCUGACGGAAAAACGUGACCAUUCUAAAAUCAGAACCCUGAAAAAGCAAAUAUGGGAAAUCACUGGGGAUGGGAAGAGACAGGAUCUCCCUGUCAACCAAGAGUACAUUCUCUACGAAGGGGCAAUGUAUCUGUGUGUUCACUCCUUUGAAGCUGGUGGCAGUGUACGGUCCGCAGUCCAUCUUUGGUGUGGUGAUGAUGUGUGGGACGGAGCGGUAGAAGACGCCCUCAGCUUCUCGCGAAGGGUUGCGAGAGACAAUGGCUGCAAGCUGGAGGUAAUAAAGCAAGGCAAAGAACCUGCCGGUUUCAUUCAAGCUCUUGGUGGAAUCCUCAUCACGCGCCGUGGGUCAAGCUCUCGCUCAAGCUCAUCCGCCAUUUUUAUGCUCUGCGGCCGGAAGCAUCUGGGUCAAAUGGUUUUUGACGAGGUUGAUUAUUCACCGCGCAAUCUAUGUACGGGGUACCCUUUCGUAAUAUCUGCCAUGUUCGGAACGGUCUACCUAUGGAAAGGGAAAGGAAGUUCUGCUGAAGAGAUCGGCGCCGCUCGUCUGAUUGGCAUGGAUCUCGGACUAACGGGGGAGUUCGAAGAAGUGGCCGAAGGAGACGAACCCGAAAGCUUCUUUGAGGUUUUCCCUCAGCAUACGGAGACGGGGGAUUAUAUGUGCUCUGGUCACUGGUUGUCGAAACCGACGCAUGAGCACUUCCGCCUGCGACUCCUUCGCGUCGACCAUGAACUUGGGCAGCGGACCGUAUUUUGGAUGCGACGACCAGGCUCGUCCUCUCCCGUGAUUCGCCCCAACGAUACGGUUCAAGAGGUGGAGCCCUUUUGUCAGAAGGACCUCUCAGCAAAGGGCAUCUACAUUCUCGACACUUUCUUCGAAAUCUAUGUGAUUGUGGGAGAGCAAGCAUCAAACCGGCCUGCGGAAUUUGCUUCGGCCGUAGUCUUUGCACACGAGUACGGGAUCCUAGCUGCCUCGCUUCAGGAUCGACCUUUCAUUCCGAAGAGCUUUGUUUCUCUGGGUGGACCUCCGGAAUCUUGCCGCGGUGCGUUUCGUAAGUGGAAGCAGCGUCCUUUGCAAAAACCUCCGCAGGUGUUUCCUUUGAACGCAGCCAUUGAUGCGAUUCGGUCUUAACCAUGAACUUUUGUAUCAUCUCUGUCUUUGCAUUUUCAUGGUUCAUUUCUAGACAUUGGCCUUUUAUUUCAUAUUCCCCCCCCCCCCCCCCAACCCCCUAUUU